AUGAUCAGGGAAAGAAUCAAGAUAGCUUUAUCCUGGCAGAAGAGUUAUGCAGACAACAAGAGGAAGCCUAUAGAGUUUGUGGUGGGUGAAAAAGUAUUUCUAAAGAUUUCACCUAUCAAAGGCAUCAAGAGAUUUGGAAAAGGAGAUCCUUCACAUGUAUUAUCUGCUGUGGAGCCUUUGGAGUUGGAUGAUGAUCUAAGCUAUGAAGAGCAGCCCAAGGGAAUUUAUGAUAGGAAGGAAUACCAAUUCCGGAGUCAAACCAUUUCAUAUGUGAAUAUCAAGUGGAAGAAUCAUUCUGAACAAGAAGCUUCUUGGGAGAAGGAAGAUGAAGUGAAAGAUAAGUAA